AUGGUUCAAAAACCCCACAUUACACAUCAAGGAGUUCUUAUUUGUGAAGUUCCAGUUCCUGUUUCUCCAUUAUCAAAGAAAAGAAGAGAUGAAGAUAUAGCUAAGUGUUUGUCCAAGAAGAAGAAGACGAAGACACGGAAGCUGGUUAUUCAAGAUGAAUCUUUUGGAGACAAAGUUAUUCUUGAAGCACCUGAAAUAACUCUUACAAAAGAAAUUUCAUAUCCUGAGAACACAAUUGUCAUACCACCCGAAGAUUCGAUAGCCAAGUCAUUUAAUGAGGAGGUUCGAACAUCAGAAAUCAGUACAAAUAUAUCUAAUAUGGAUGUAAAUGUCAAUAUGGGUGAAGGAGAUUUGAAUCAAGAAGCUCCAAAAUCUACUCAUGGUACUCCUGUUAUCCUUCCCAUCGACAAUGUCACCAGCACCAUUGUUUCAUUACCACCAUAUAUAAUUCCCAAUACAUCUAUUACUUCUUCACACACUUUCACAUAA